GAUAUUGUGUAUUGUUUACUAAUUACUUUCAGCUAUUCUCCAACGAGUGUUAUCUGCAUCUCCGUGGCGCCCGGCGACACAGAAAAGGAUGUAGAAACGCUAGCUUCAAAAGUACUGAAGAUGCGGUUAUGGGACGAUGAGGCAGGUGGCCGGUGGAAACAAAAUGUUCAAGAUAUCAACGGGGAGGUUCUUUGCGUCUCACAAUUCACCUUGCUUGCGUCGACCAAGAAAGGAUCAAAGCCAGACUUCCAUGGAGCAUUGGGUGGAGAUCAAGCCAAGGAGUUGUACCAGUUAUUCGUUUCGAAGAUCCAGCAGGGUUAUGCGGCGGAGAGAGUUAAGGAUGGUGUUUUUCAAGCUAUGAUGGAGGUAGCUCUGGUCAACGAUGGCCCAAUAGAUUACAUUAGAAAUGUCGGCAGGGCCAAGCGCAUAGAAAUAAGAUACCUUCAAGCACGAAACUUUGAGAUAUGA